AUGUCCCCAACCCCCGUAGUGAACGUAUUGGAUACGAGGCGGUAUGAUGAACGUGUUUUGAAGCACGAAGAGAAGCGCCACGAGCAACUCAUCAAGGAGGCGAAGGAGGCAUAUGCCAAAACCAAGUCUGUUGGGAUGACACGCACUCCUGCUGUGAUCUCGGACCCCGAAGACCCCAACUUUGAUCUUGAGAAGCUCGUCAACUACUGGGCGAAGGAGUAA